AUGUCUACACAAGCAACAGCAACAGGCAGUCUCGCUGGUGCAAAUGCUAAGAAGGCAAUUCCAUCCGAGAUUGACUUCUUGGCCCCUCAAAACCCACUGCAACUCCACGGUUUGCCCCCCGGCAACUCCCCGAACACUCUGGCCAGAAUCUGCCAGAGCAGCACCGCCACCCCCGCCACCUCCAAUUCCGGCACUCGCAACAGUUGCAAGUUCCUUUUUCAAGCCCUGGGCAACUUCUUAAAGCUAAUGCCACUGCAAAUCGACUUCCAGGCUCCUUAA